AUGGCGAAGUCACAUUUUGAGGUGUUUGACACGAUGCUGGAAGAGAUACAGCAGCUGCGCCUGGAUGCAAUAUAUUUUUCAAGGUCGACACAGAGAGCAGAGCAGAGGAUUGAGAGGCUGAAGAAAAAAAGAAAGGAGUAUGAGGAGCAGUUUGUGCACACACCAACUGAAAAGUACAUCAAAAGGAUCGGAAAGUGUUGUAGAAUGAUAAAACGACUGCUGGAUGAGAACUGUGAAAGCUCGAGGAUGCUGGAGAGCGCGGUAAGUGAGCUGAAAUGCAAAUGCGAAGCACUAUGUGUGGAUAUGGAAGAACCAUUUGACUUGCAUGAUCCGUCGAUCACAAGCACAAGUUGCAUAGUAAAUGCCGGAGAGAUGAGCAUGGACGGGAGGUUGUAUUGCAAGUGCAAUCGGCCUGCAUUCAAGAACAUGAUAAUGUGUGGAAAGCAUGGAUGUAGCACAAAAUGGUUUCACUACGAAUGUGUAGGGAUAUCCAGCAUGCCCAAGACGGAGUGGAUAUGCUCUGAGUGCAAGAAGGCAUUAUGCAAGUUGUAG